GUCACCUGUCUUCUACUAGGAUUUCAAAUCCUUCCGUUUGUACUUGGAGGUCUCCUGCGAACGCCGCGCGUUUAUAACACCUUAUUAUCAUCAUCAGAGAAUUUAACACCAUCUAGAACUUUUCCGGUUUUGCAACCAGUUUUACACGAUGGAUUUUCAUUAGGCUAUACGCUGUCACCAUUCAGUGGCAUUUCUGGAUAUGGACCUUAUUUACCAGCUCAUGUCGAAUUACAGCCCUACGAUCCCCAUGUCGUGGAGCGCCCAAAACAGAGCGACAGCAAUAAGCACCAACCUCAUGUCGAGAUAAUCCAUCGCGACAUCCCACCUCUGCCACCAAACGAAUUACAUGGACCCCCAAAUAAGCAUCAUGCCAGGCCAUUGCCACCAGUUGAACAAGAACAACAUCAGCCCAAACGACCUUUAGACAUUGAAAUUGAGAAACCACAUGGAUUGCCACCGAGCCUGAUACCAUUGCAGCAGUACCAGAUUCAUGACACCAUACCGAUAGGAUACACCAGCGUACCACAAUUGUAUUAUCCAUACCAGCUUCAUACGAAUUUCAGUCCUUAUCCUGUUUUGCCGCCAGAAUUUUUCAGGCCGUCCUCUCCGCAACCGCCUGUACAAAGACAUCCAACCCAGGCAAUCCAACAAAACGAAAGGACUCAAUCGAAAGAUGAUAAAGAGAAGGAUUUGGAUGAUUCAGAAGAAACACCUUCAAUAAAUUCACAAAAUUCUGACAGGAUUCGUAAUGCAGAAAAAAAUUCUGAUUCUUCUGAUGAAGGAGUACCAUCUGCGCCAGCUUCUAAGAAAGGAGGCGCUAGCUUGUAAUAUUGGUAAUAGCAUGAUGAAAAGUGGUGAUGUAAUUGAAUUUUGAGUUUCUUUCUAAUUUCUAUUGUUCUUUUAUUGUUUUGUUUGUUUCCUUAAAAUGGAUUUUAUGACGACGUAUCUUUGUUAUGGUUAUAUGUAAUUUUUAAUACCUGAAUUGUAUUGUAUUUAAUGCCAGUG